GGACAGCUGUGGAGAGCUGAUCGAAAAGUGUUUUCGUUUUCAGGUGGAGUACCAUCAGCUCGAAAGGAGGUCAUCCGGCACAAGAUCCGAGCUAUAGGCAAAAUGGCGCGCGCCUUCUCUGUGCUCAGAGAGGAAAGCGAGACGGUGUUGGCGCUUAAAGGUCUCACGCCAACCGGAACGCUACCGUUGGGCAUACUGCAUGAGGGUAGACGUGGAGUACAAGAGGCCCUGACAGGUGUACAACCGGGCCAUCGUAUUCAGUCGUUUGCGGAGGCAAAGAGGCUCGAUCAGAUGAACGAGCGUAUGCCGCCGUCGAUGGCGACACCUGGACAAUCGCCGUCAUCGUCACCGCAACCACGUGCGCGUAACGGACCCGAUGCAUAA